GGCCUCGACUUGGGAAAUCGUUGAUGGAUAUCAAGAAUUCACGAAUUCCAAAUUGGCAUCGGAAACGCAAUUGUCAGCAUUUUUCCGCUCGUUGCGAGGACGGCUUGGGUAUCAACAUAACAUGAUCAAAGCGAUUCUAGCCCUCAAAUCAUUCCGUCACAACCACAGUAAUCUCCAACACAUGCCCAUCCCUUCUCCAACCACAUUCAACAGAAAACACACUAUUCUCUCGAAUGUAUUGAUCAGCGCUUUCAUCUUCUUCCGCUUUAUACAAGCGAUUUUGAUCAGGAGAAGAAAGUCUAAGCAAUCUGCGCACGUCAAUCAAAACCUCAAAGCAAAAGUGUUAUCGAGAGUGGCGGUGUGGUUGAUGUGUGUGCAAUGGCUAUGGAACUCGAUGUUUGGGAAAGUGAAUGGAGGGCUUUGUAUUAUUUCAUUGGUACUGAUGAUUUUGCUUUAAGAAAAAUGGAG